AUGGCUGAGAAGAAGUUGUAUCAAUAUGACCCGUCCCUCGCGGCCGCCAUCAUUUUUCUCAUUAUAUUUGCUGCUUCGGCGGUACUCCACACCUGGCAGAUUAUCCGGACAAAGAACUGGUACUUUAUACCGUUUCUUGUGGGCACUCUUGCCGAGGCGAUUGGAUGUAUUGGAAGGGCUAUCGGCGCCAAAGAGAGUCCCGAUUGGACCAGGGGACCAUAUGUUAUCCAAGCUUUACUGCUCCUGCUUGGACCUACCUUGUUCGCCGCAUCCAUCUACAUGGUCCUCGGCCGUCUGAUUGUACUCCUGGAGGCCCAGAAGCAUUCAUUCAUCAGACCGAGCCGGUUGACCAAGUUCUUCGUUCUUGGAGACAUCAUUUCCAUUGCAGCACAAGCACUAGGUGGCGCAAAGCUCGCAAACGCAGAUACGGCAGAUGCAAGAAGCCAGGGAGAAACCAUCAUCAUCGCGGGUCUUGGUGUGCAAAUCAUCUUUUUCGGCCUCUUCAUCAUUACCACCGUCCUUUUCCACCGCCGCAUCAACGCCGAGCCUACGGAGAAGAGCAUGACCCUCACCGUUCCCUGGCGACGACUUCUCACGGUCCUGUACGCCACGAGUAUGCUCAUCCUGGUCCGAUCCGUCUUCCGAGUCAUCGAGUACAUCAUGGGCCGCGACGGCGUGCUCCAAUCCAAGGAAGUCUUCAUUUACAUCUUCGACAUCCUGCUCAUGUCGGGCGUGGCCAUCGUCUUCAACUGGUUCCACCCUUCCAAGAUCAUGAGUGUCCCAGGCAAGGAACGCAUCGACGGCACCGAUUCAGAGAUGCAGCUGGGAGGCUACGAUGCUCCUCGUCGCAAGUAA